AGGCACGGUGGCCAUCCCCCAGAUACACAGCAGGUGCUCCCUGCGUUCCCGGUACUGCAGUGCGCGACGGGAAACCUCACAGGGGAGCUCCGACGCCCAGCGGAGCACCCACGAGCCGGUGCUGCAGGCUGUGAACGUGUCGGGGCUUCAGAGGAAGAACUGUGCUCAGCUGGGGGGAAAUUUCUGUAGAAGAAAUCCCUGCUGGACUAGAUUUUGACAUAUGCAGAGACAAGGAGGCCGGGCAUGCCAACCCAGGAUGUCAGGAGCAAUGGCUCAGAGAUGAGAAACAGUAUGCAUAGGCCGCGCCAGGAGUUCCCCCUGGAGAGAGAAUGUGAGGAAGAACUGGGAGAGCAGGCUGAGGCAAGACCAUGGACGGGCUCAGUCCAGGCGAUUCUGACCUGGUUCCCCGAGUGGUAGGAAGGAAGGAGAUGGAGGCAGACGGAGGAAAAGAUGGGAGGCAGCAAGGCCAGGGAGAGGCUGUUAGAAUCUGAACCUUGCUGCAUGUGUUUCCUAGACCCAAGGAGACAUGCUCAUUCAGUCCAUCUGCAGACGUCCUGCAUUGUGAAGCUGGGACGGUGUCGGAGCGUGAAGGAAUUUGAGAAGCUGAACCGUAUCGGGGAAGGCACCUAUGGCAUUGUGUACCGGGCCCGGGACACGCAGACGGAUGAGGUUGUUGCCCUGAAGAAGGUGCGGAUGGACAAGGAGAAGGAUGGGGUCCCCAUCAGCAGCCUUCGAGAGAUCACACUGCUCCUUCGCCUUCGCCAUCCGAAUAUCGUGGAGCUAAAGGAAGUGGUUGUGGGGAACCACCUGGAGAGCAUCUUUCUGGUGAUGGGUUAUUGUGAACAAGAUCUGGCCAGCCUUCUGGAGAACAUGCCAACACCCUUCUCUGAGGCCCAGGUCAAGUGCAUUGUGCUGCAAGUGCUCCGAGGCCUUCAGUAUUUGCACCAGAACUUCAUCAUCCACAGGGACCUGAAGGUGUCCAACUUGCUCAUGACCGAUAAGGGCUGUGUGAAGACAGCGGAUUUCGGCCUGGCCCGGGCCUAUGGCAUCCCAGUGAAACCCAUGACCCCCAAGGUGGUCACACUCUGGUACCGAGCCCCCGAACUGCUUUUGGGAACCACCACGCAGACCACCAGCAUCGACAUGUGGGCCAUGGGCUGCAUCCUGGCCGAGCUGCUGGCCCACAAGCCCCUUCUCCCCGGCACAUCCGAGAUCCACCAGGUGGACCUGAUUGUGCAGCUGCUGGGGACGCCCAGUGAGAACAUCUGGCCAGGCUUCUCCAGGCUGCCUCUGGUGGGUCAGUACAGCCUGAGGAAGCAGCCAUACAACAACCUCAAACACAAGUUCCCGUGGCUCUCGGAGGCUGGCCUGCGCCUGCUGAACUUCCUCUUCAUGUAUGACCCCAAGAAAAGGGCAACGGCCAGAGAUGGCCUGGAGAGCUCGUACUUCAAGGAGAAGCCCCUGCCCUGUGAGCCGGAGCUCAUGCCCACCUUCCCCCACCACCGCAACAAGCGGGCCAUCCCAGCCACGUCUGAGGGCCAGGGCAAGCGCUGUAAACCCUGACAGCCCCCCGCCGGGCUGGCACGUCUACGAUGGACAGCAAUGGAAUGAGGACUCUGCAGUUGAGGCUCACAGUGCUGCUGGGACCCAGCUCCUCCUCCCGCGGAGACCGACCCGCUGCUCUGGCUGAUCACACCCCUUCCCCAGAAGAGCAGAGAGUGGACGUGGGGAUGAUGCAGGGUGGGUGUACCCUGAAGGGGCAGGACCUCAUUCAGCACACGUUGCCACGCCCUCGGCUGGUAAAAGCUCGGGACCCUCCCUUCCCUGGAGGAAACGCUUGCUGGGCCCAGUUCAGGGGGUGUUGCUGGCUUGGGAUGCGUAGACCCCACAUGGUUGCUUGUGCCCCCUCCUGAUCACCAGGGUCUGUACAGGGCAGGGAGAGGCCGUGGUGCGUGCCCCCCCCAACCGGCAGGGCUGACACACUCAGAAUGGGAAGGAGAGGUCGGCUGUGGGUCGCGUCCCACCUGAUGGACUGUCGUCCUGCCCCACACUGAGGCCCAGAGGGGAAGGGGCAUGAGUCCGAGAGAUAAAAGGUUUUCUAACAGGUAUGAGCAG